AUGGCUUCCAAUAAAGCCAUAAAAUCCGCAAGCGAAAGGGCAUUGCGUUACGUCGAGAAAACAACUCGUGUGAAACUGCAGGAUCUGCGUGAUAAUCCCGGAGCAAGAACUAAGGCACGUCAAGUUCGAGCAUGGAUGAAUCAACUGGGACAUACCCGGGGUGAACUCCAACAUGCGGCAAAACCUCCGCUUGGCUGGAUUUGGGGUGAUUUCUUUAGACCGUGGCAGCGGAUGUUUCCGGGUGAGAAGCAUUUCAACGGAGAUAUCAAUCUUCGACGUGAAUACCCACCAAUUUCACUACUUGAACUACAGCGUUUAAUUGAUUUGGGAUGGUUGGACACCAAACGCUUGAUUGAUAUCACGGCUGUGUGCAAUACGAAACAGUAUCAAUGCGAGCCUUCGCUUAGGCAAUUCGGCAUUCAGCUGACUGAUCAGGGAGCCGAACGUUUUGCGAGUGUUGUUGAUUUGGAAGUGCAGUGGGCGUCAGAGACUGCGAUAGCGGCAGUUGAGAGGUGUGGAGGUCGGAUACGUACGGCAUACUAUGAUAUUAACUCACUGGAGGCUGCUGUGAAUCCGCAAAAAUGGUUCCUUUCGGGAAAACCGAUCCCACGUCGCUUGGCGCCACCGGAAAGUUUGCUAGAUUACUACACAGACCCACGAAACCGAGGAUAUCUGGCCGAUGAGAUGGAAAUCCGACAAGAGGAAAUCAAUUUAGGACAGUUAAUGGGAUAUAAUCGUGAAGAGGCUCAAGGUCAUGAAUGGGAACGGAAGAAACCAGAUCAAGUGUUCGUUGGACUGGAGUCUGGCUCGUUGGUGAGCAUGGCAGAUCGAAAAGUAUUCCUGCCAACGAAUCCGGUUCUGAGACGAUAUUACGGCUUGGAUAAAGAGAACGAAAAAGACAUAUUAGCUGAUCAUCAGUAUGCAUGA